UCAAGGUUUAUAGAUGUAUACAUAUGACGUUGUUAACAGUGUAUAAUAAGUAUUGUUUUUAAUUUACAAUGUAGUGAAAAUGUAUUCAUAAGCUACAAAAGUGAUGCAAAAUUAAUAUAUACUAGUUAAUUUACAUCAUGUAUUAAGAAAAUGUGAUUGGAUAUAGAAACUCGAGAAGGCUGAUAUAUAGUUAUAGCUUGGAAGGAUUUUACUAGAGGCGUCUGACCUGCACUAACAAUGUAUGCUGAAGCAGAAGAAACGGAGUUGCAGUCUCUCAACAUGACAGUCCCGGACACUCAUGACAGUGGUCUGGACACAGGCAGUCGCAGAAAUGACGUCACGGCACCGGAAGUCGGCAACGUAACGCCUGAUGAUUGUAACGUUAUUUACGGCGUUGAAGACGUUCCACCCUGGUAUCUAUGUAUUUUGUUAGGAUUUCAGCACUACCUGACAGCUUUUGGUUCAACAAUUACAGUACCUCUUGUCUUGUAUCGCUCGUUUUGUAUGGACGAGGACAAGGUUGGACUAAGUGAGCUAAUCAGCACUAUAUUCUUCGUGUCCGGACUAGCUACACUACUUCAAACAACGUUCGGAACCAGACUUCCCAUUAUACAAGGGGCUACAUUUGCUUUUCUAACACCAACAUUCUCUAUACUGUCCUUACCUCAAUGGACAUGUAAAUAUGUUACAGAAAGAGAGACUGACCCGUACCUUGAAAACAGCACUUUACCAGAGCCCGGGAGUCCUUUACAUAGAGAAAUGUGGCAGCUUAGAAUUCGAGAGAUACAGGGUGCAAUAAUGGUUGCCUCUUUAUUUCAAGUGCUCAUCGGAUUUUCUGGGCUUAUGGGGUUGGUGUUAAAGUUUAUAGGACCCCUUGCCAUUACCCCAACCAUCACUUUGAUCGGUCUAGCCUUGUUUAAAGAAGCCGCCGACAAAGCGGCGGAGCAGUGGUAUAUUGCAUUAAUGACAAUGAGUUUGAUAGCGUUAUUUUCACAAUAUAUGCGAAAUGUGAACGUGCCAUGUUUCUCUGCUGUUAAAGGCGAAGGGUGUAAAGUUGUUAAAACUCCAAUUUUUAGUUUAUUUCCGGUUUUGCUUGCCAUGAUUUUGUCCUGGGUCAUCUGUGUGAUUCUGACGGUCUCCGGGGCACUUCCUGAUAAGAAGGGACAAUGGGGUUACAACGCACGCACGGAUAUUAAAGUAGAUGUAUUAUAUGAAUCAGAAUGGUUCCGAUUUCCAUGGCCAGGACAAUGGGGAAUGCCCACUGUGAGCACGGCUGCUGUAUUUGGAAUGCUGGCAGGGGUUUUAUCCUCUAUGAUAGAAUCUGUUGGUGAUUACUACGCAUGCGCAAGACUUGCAGGAGCCCCGCCUCCCCCUGUCCAUGCUGUCAAUAGAGGCAUAGGUAUGGAGGGUAUUUGUUGUAUACUAGCCGGGGCCUGGGGGUCUGGAAAUGGCACAACCUCGUACAGCGAGAAUGUUGGAGCUAUAGGUAUCACAAAGGUAGGCAGUCGUAUUGUGGUACAGGUUGGAGGCAUAAUAAUGAUAGUGUUAGGAUGUCUGGGUAAAUUUGGCGCCCUUUUUGUAACAAUACCAGAUCCUGUAGUCGGUGGAAUGUUCAUGAUCAUGUUUGGAAUGAUAACAGCCGUUGGAUUAUCGAAUCUUCAGUAUGUGAAUCUCAAUUCUUCAAGGAACAUUUUUAUUCUUGGUGUUUCCUUAUUCUUUGGUCUUAGUUUUCCUAAAUGGAUAGGAAGUUCACCGGGUGCAAUAAAUACUGGAAGUGAGAUUGCGGACCAGAUUAUAUCUGUGUUGUUAGGGACUAGCAUGUUUGUAGGAGGCUUUGUCGGCUUUGUAUUAGAUAAUACCAUUCCUGGAACUGCAGAAGAACGGGGAAUCAACAAAUGGCGUAGACAUGUACAUGUUGUAGACGAAACAGGAGUAGAUAACUCUAUGCGUAUUUAUGACCUCCCUUUCAUUCAAAAAUAUUUGGAUAGAGUCAGAUUUUUCCGUUAUUUGCCCUUUUGUCCGAGAUUUUCACUGAAGAGGGAAAACCAUACUGAUGAGGUUGAAAUGAAUGGUCAGAACGCCGAAAGCAACAAACAAUCUAAUGUGCAACAAGAACAAUAUUCAGUUGAUAACGAGAAAUCCGAUAACACACGUUUAUAGAUACAAAAAAUAAAUGUUGAUGUUGAAUUAGAAACAAAAAGGUGCUCAAUCAAUUAAAAUGAUAUUUUAUUUCAUAUUUCAUGGUCAUCAUUUCUUCAUAAAAAUCAUCUCGGUCAUUUCUAGAUAUUUUUAGAUACUUUCAUUGUCAAAUUACAAUCAUUAGGCCAGUAAAUUACACUCUUAAAUAUUGUAUAGUCAAGUACAUGUCUGUUUCUUAUUUUUUUGGUUACUGAUUUUGUAUUAAGGUUUUGAAGAAAAAAUAUAUAUGUAGCAAAGAAAAGAUGUAGAAAAUGUAUAUCCAAAAUACACAGUAUUUAGUAGUUACAAUUGUUUGAUGAAUGUCACAAGGUGAGAAAAAUGUAUUUCAUGUUUAAAUGCAAAAAAAAAAAAAAAAAAAAAAAAUGUGUGUUUUAAAUGAAAACUGAUUAUAUGUUUAAAUGCAAACAUAUCGGGAGAAAAUAGCGAAUAGUUACAGGGAUUAGUUUAUUGAAAGAUGUUUAACCUUUUUAGAGACAAUAAAGAGAGCUUAUACACUUCCCCCAGCGUCGGCAUCGGUGUUUAGGUCAUAUUCUGGUAAAGUUUUGCUUGCAAAUGGGCAUUUCCAUAACUGCUGAAGGGAAUGGGUUGAAACUCCACUCACUUAUUCUCUAUGAUUAUAUUACAUGCUCCUUAACUCUGAGUUACCUUUUUACAGAGUUAUGCCCCUUGUCAUAUUUCAAACACUGAGAAUAGUCGAACAGACUGCCAUUCGCACAUCUCUUGUUAUAUAUAAUUUUAUAUGUAAGCAAUGUAACGAAUAUAAAAAAGUG